CCGGCGCCGGCCCCUUUCCUGGCGGGCCGCCCCUCCGCGCUAUGCCCACGCCGGGAGCCGGCGGCGUGAAGGGAGGCGGCGCCCGCCGGUGCCGCUCGGCCGGGGCUGCGCGGAGAAGCCGCUCCUUCAGCCUCCCGCGGGGACUGUUUUCUGGCUGAAACCGCCGGCGCAGGUGGCGUGAGGGCGGGCGGCCCUCGCGUGUGGGCGCUGGAGGGGAGCGAGGCCCGCCCGGCCUGAGGGGGAUGCGCGGGUAGCCCGCGCCCGCAGCCAGCCCAGCCCUGCCCGCCGCCCCCCGCCCAGCCCCGGUGGUCGCUGCGGAGCUGGCGUCAGGCGGCCCCAAGAUGUUCAGCUGGCUGGGGACCGACGACCGCCGGAGGAAGGACCCCGAGGUGUUCCAGACGGUCAGCGACGGCCUGAAGAAGCUCUACAAGACAAAGCUGCUGCCGCUGGAAGAGCACUACAAGUUCCACGAGUUCCAUUCGCCCGCCCUGGAAGAUGCCGACUUCGACAACAAGCCCAUGGUGCUCCUCGUGGGGCAGUACUCCACCGGGAAGACCACCUUCAUCAGGUACCUGCUGGAGCAGGAUUUCCCAGGGAUGAGGAUUGGACCAGAGCCUACAACUGACUCCUUUAUAGCAGUUAUGCAAGGAGAUGUGGAAGGAAUCGUUCCUGGAAACGCUUUGGUGGUGGAUCCCAAAAAACCGUUCAGGAAACUCAACGCCUUUGGCAAUGCCUUUUUGAACAGGUUCGUUUGUGCCCAGCUACCUAAUCCUGUAUUAGAGAGCAUCAGCGUCAUUGAUACACCAGGAAUUCUUUCUGGAGAGAAGCAGAGAAUUAGCAGAGGUUACGACUUCGCUGCUGUACUGGAGUGGUUUGCAGAGCGGGUUGACCGCAUCAUUCUCCUUUUUGAUGCGCACAAGCUGGACAUCUCUGAUGAAUUCUCUGAGGUCAUCAAGGCCCUAAAGAACCAUGAGGACAAGAUGAGAGUUGUUCUCAACAAGGCCGACCAGAUAGAGACUCAGCAGCUGAUGCGGGUGUACGGUGCCCUCAUGUGGUCCCUGGGAAAGAUCGUCAACACUCCCGAGGUCAUCAGGGUCUACAUUGGCUCCUUCUGGUCCCAUCCAUUGCUCAUCCCUGACAACCGCAAGUUGUUUGAGGCAGAGGAGCAGGACCUGUUUAGGGACAUCCAGAGCCUGCCCCGCAAUGCAGCCCUGCGGAAGCUGAAUGAUCUCAUCAAGCGAGCACGGCUGGCCAAGGUCCAUGCCUACAUCAUCAGUUCCCUGAAGAAGGAAAUGCCCUCAAUGUUUGGGAAAGACAAUAAAAAGAAAGAGCUUGUUAACAACUUGGGAGAUAUUUAUGCCCGAAUUGAACGGGAGCAUCAGAUCUCACCAGGAGACUUCCCUAAUCUGAAAAAGAUGCAGGAUCAGUUGCAAGCCCAGGAUUUUAGCAAGUUCCAGCCUCUGAAGAGCAAGCUGCUGGAGACCGUGGAAGACAUGCUGGCCAACGACAUCGCCCAGCUCAUGGUGCUCGUACGCCAGGAGGAGUCACAGCGGCCAACCCAGAUGGUGAAGGGAGGAGCCUUUGAGGGCACCUUGCACGGUCCCUUCGGCCAUGGCUACGGCGAAGGCGCCGGUGAAGGCAUUGACGAUGCCGAGUGGGUGGUGGCCAGGGACAAGCCCAUGUAUGACGAGAUCUUCUACACACUCUCACCUGUCGAUGGUAAAAUAACUGGUGCCAAUGCAAAGAAGGAGAUGGUAAGGUCUAAGCUGCCCAACACGGUGCUGGGCAAGAUAUGGAAACUGGCUGACAUCGACAAAGAUGGCAUGCUGGAUGAUGAGGAGUUUGCCUUGGCGAAUCAUCUCAUUAAAGUCAAGUUGGAGGGUCAUGAGCUGCCAAAUGAGCUCCCUUCCCAUCUCCUCCCUCCAUCCAAAAGGAAAAUAACAGAGUGAAAGCAAUGUUACAGGGGAGAGGGAAAGGGAAGGGGGAAAAAAAGAUCUAGAAAAACAUGUUUACUUAAAUUAUACCUUUAGAUGUGAGAUCACGUUUGGAUUUAUACCUACUUUGCUGUAUGAAGAACAAAAUCUAAAGCAGAACAAAAAAGUCCAAUCCUUCAUGAUAAUAUGCAAUUAACUCUUCCAGUGUACUGUCCCUGCUUUCUAAUGUGUAGUCUGUAAAUAUGAAGGUAAAGAAAGGACAUUGCGAGUAGGAGACUCUCUUAAGCAGGAGUAGAAGAAAACCUGAAGUGGGCUGCAUUUUAUGAGAGUGGAAUAGGCACUAAUAGAAAUCUGCUACAUGCCAGUAUCACUCCUGAGCUUUGGCUGCACCUGCUGCCUUUUAAUGGGUUGCGCAAACUUCAGGAGACUGAAAUCUUGAAGAGAAACCACAAGGUCUUUGAGCUAUUGGCCAAACUAAAGAGCGCUUCCUAAUUAAUGUAAGCCCACACUAAAAUACUAGAUACUAAACCCCAGAGUUAAGAAUUUUAAGAACCUUGAUUCACUGUUAGAUGCAAAUUUUCCAACAUUCCCCUGUCCUUAAAGAAAAAUAUAUAAAUAAAAUCUGAAAGAGCUCUAAACUGGGUAGCUGGAGUUCCUCAUUGUUCACUGUGGGACAGGCACUCAGAGUUCCCAAUCGUCACUACCUCCCAUUCCAUCCCCAGGGGAGAUUUGUUCUGCAGGCAUGGCCAAGAGAACCAACCUCCAAGGGAAACAGGGAUGGGGCACUAGGGGUGGAGAUCAGGUGGGUUGGAAGGGAGGAACACUGCUCCCAGGCUCACUGAACAUUUCACAACCAGUGGAUAGUGUUUCCUCUUUGAACAACGGUGGUGUCUGUUAUCCCUGUGAAGUGACGUGUUUACUCUCAUUGUGCACACUGAAAGCUACCAGGCCCCAUUCCUACUGUAAAGAUACAAACCCCGCACUGUCAGGUGGAUGGGCCAUCACAAGAGCAGAGAACACAGAGGGGCAGUGGGCAGAGCUUGCUCUGCUGCCUGUGCCUCCACAAAUCUAGCCAAGAUGUCAGCCUUCACACAUUCUCCUCACCACGCAGUAACACUUGAUCCCCUCCAGAACCUCUACCCUGAGCCAUGAGAACUUCCCUGCUUCUUUCAUGCUCUAUGAAAUUUUUGUUUUCAAGACCCAAUUUUAGCAGAAAUCCCUCAAUUUCCUAUUUCAUUUCCUAAACACACACACGCGCGCACACUCUUCUGGUUUUUGUUGUUGCUUUGGAGCAGUGUGUUGUUACAAUUCCUAUUGUCACUUUAUAUAAGCUGAGCUCCUACUGUGAUGAAAUACCAAGAUAAGUAUAACUUAUUUUAUAUCUCUUGUGUUCAUAUUAUAUAGAGAAAUAUAUUCUGUGUAUGUAGGAUGUGCUUAUUGCAGUACAUUUAUCACUUGUCUUAAAAAUUAAUGCAUUAACCUUUUUUGUACCCUGGUCCUAAAACAUUAUUAAAAAAGAAAGGCCA